GAAUUCCGCCCCCCCCCCCCAAAAAAAAAAAAAAGCGAUCCGCCACGGGCCGUUCGGAGUUUCAGGGAACCCGCCGGGUGAUCCGGAAGCGGCUGGCACCCGAAUAUGGGUCUGCUGGCCAGCAUUCGGAAGGAAUGGUUCAUCAUCGGGAUUGUGCUGGCGAUCUUGUCGGCAAAAGUGCAGCCCGAACUCGGCGUCAAAGGAGGACCGCUGAGGCCAGAGAUCACCGUGUCGUACGCGGCGGUCUCGCUGAUCUUCUUCAACAGUGGCCUCUCGCUGAAGACGGAGGUGACGCUUUGCGGCGACGAGGCAGAAAGACCACCGGCCCGUUUAAAUGGAUUCUCUGUGUGUAUUGUGCGUGCGCGCAGGAGUUGACGGGCGCCUUGCUCCACGUGCGCCUUCACCUCUUCGUUCAGACGUUCACGCUGGUCUUCUUCCCGCUGAGCGUUUGGCUGCUGGUCAGAAUCCUGGCGUUGACCACCAUCGACCGGUGGCUGCUCAGAGGGUUACAGACGGUGAGCUGCAUGCCGCCCCCGGUCUCCUCGGCCGUCAUUCUGACCAAAGCCGUCGGCGGUAACGAGGCGGCCGCCAUCUUCAACUCCGCGUUCGGGAGCUUCCUGGGCAUCGUGGUGACGCCGACGCUGCUGCUGCUUUUCCUGGGCUCCUCGUCCUCCGUGGCCUUCGGCUCCAUCUUCUCUCAGCUCUUUGUGACGGUGGUGGUGCCGCUCGCCUUGGGUCAGGUGUGCCGCCGCUUCCUGAGGGAGUGUCUGGAACGAAGGAAACCCCCGUUCGGCGCCGUCAGCAGCGCCGUCCUGCUCAUGAUCAUCUACAGCACCUUCUGCGACACCUUCAGCAACCCCAACAUGGAGCUGGAGCCGACCAGCCUGCUCGUCGUCGUUCUCAUCAUUUUCUCCAUCCAGCUAAGUUUCAUGCUGCUGACUUUUGGAUUUUCCAGCAGGGCCGGCUCGGGAUUCAGCCCUGCCGACACGGUGGCCAUCGUGUUUUGCUCCACGCACAAGUCGCUAACGCUAGAUCCUCCUGGGAUCCGUGCUGGUGCCGACCAUCCGCGGCUGGAUGGCCGGCCGCCAGAAGACGCUGAAGAUGUCCAGCCUGCAGCCCGUCUGACAAAGUCGGCGAAACGCCGGGCGACCGCGUGCCUUCCAGUGGCCAAUCGACAGCGAGCACUUUCUGCCCCUUCGCGAUGGCAAAAGACAAAACAUUUCUUCUUCUCUUUUUAACGCAAGCAAAGGUACAACUUUUGUAUUUGAUACAGGACGCAGGGUGUUGCUGGGACCAUUUUUUUUUUUUUUAUUAUGAUUGCUCUUUUCUACAAUUUCUACUCGCUAUUCCAGCUUCCGCUGAGAGGAAAUGAAGACUGUCGAAUAUUUUGUAUUGAAUAAUGACGUGCAGCCUUGAACGUUCGCCGCUGGUGAUGAUGAACUUGAAGCCUUUUUCGUCUUUUUCGGUCGCCCUAAGCCGUGCACAGCUCCGCUCGGGUUUUGGCGUUCGAAUCACAG